AAAUAACUCGAUUAAACAGAAUCUACUUGAACUAAGUGAAAAGCUAAAAGAUGAAGAAACAGUAGAAUUUUAUACAGAUGAGGCAAUAGUAGCUAAUAGUAAAGGUGAAAAUAGGCUGAAUUGUAAAAGUAGAAAAUAG